CUCCACUCUCUUUGAAAGAAGUGCAAGGAAAGAGACCGCAAGUGGAUGAUGUCCAAGUAUGAAAGGGUCAUAACGGUAAAUAGACAACAACCCAUCCUCGCAAUAGCAAACAAGUGGCCUAGCGUCACAUGCCUCUUCCUUUAUCCACCGCUUCAUCACUGCUCAUAUGAACGUACUGCUACUCACACUCGCACUCGCUCCGUCUCCCCCUCUCCCUCUCUCCGCUGUUAGUGGAAGAAGAAACUCCAAAGACAAUCACUUGCAAACAAAGCUCAGCUUUCAUGGCUCCUUUUAACUUCUGGAUUUGAUUCUCGUCAGGUCUUUUGCUCUUUUUCUGAAAUGUUCUUUGUUUAAUUUAUAUUAAAAUCGCCAUUAGAGCAUUCGACUCUUCGUAUCAUUUCCAGAUCUAUUCUUACAUUCUAUAAAUCUUUAUUCUACUUUGUAAUUUUCCCUUUGUAAUCACUUCUCUUCUUCUAACAAUAUAUAUUUUUGUUACCGUCUUCCUGUUUGGCAUUAUAUAUAGAAUCACCAGAAACCUCAUUAUUUUAAUCCAUAUUGAAUUCUCCCUCCAAGGCCACCGAAAUUACGAAAAUGUCCCUGCAUUUUCUUUCCCUUUUUCUCGGGCUUUCUGUUUUUGUACUCUUUUCCGGUCAUUUUGCGGUGGCCGGAGUAGAGACCUGCUCAGGGAUAGUAUCCAUGAGGUAUAGGUAUGACAAGAUUUCAAUAACGGACUUUGGAGGCGUCGGCGACGGGAGGACGCUGAAUACCAAGGCGUUUAGGGAGGCAAUAUAUCGGAUUCAGCAUCUUAGGAGGAGAGGUGGUACACUGCUUUAUAUACCUCCUGGGGUGUACUUGACGGGAAGUUUUAACCUCACCAGCCACAUGACUCUCUACUUGGCCAGAGGUGCCGUCAUUAGGGCCACUCAGGAUUAUUCGGAUUGGCCUUUAAUUGCUCCCUUGCCAUCUUAUGGAAGAGGGAGGGAACGCCCUGGUGGGAGGUAUAUAAGCUUUAUUCAUGGUGAUGGACUUCAUGAUGUGGUAAUCACAGGUGAGAAUGGGACAAUUGAUGGACAAGGAGAUGUCUGGUGGAAUAUGUGGAGGCAAAGAACUCUCCAGUUUACAAGACCUAAUCUUGUUGAAAUUGUAAAUUCAAGAAGCAUAAUUAUAUCCAAUGUGAUAUUUCGCAACUCUCCUUUUUGGAACAUCCAUCCAGUUUAUUGCAGCCAUGUUGUUAUCCGAUAUGUUACCAUCUUGGCCCCACAUGAUUCUCCCAAUACUGAUGGAAUUGAUCCAGAUUCAAGCUCUGAUGUCUGCAUAGAGGAUUCAUUCAUUUCUACUGGAGAUGAUCUUGUAGCUAUAAAGAGCGGGUGGGAUGAAUAUGGGAUUGCUUAUGGUCGCCCAAGCUCUGGCAUCACAAUCCGGCGGGUAACAGGAUCAUCUCCUUUUGCUGGAAUUGCGGUUGGAAGUGAAACCUCUGGUGGGGUGGAGAAUGUCUUGGCAGAAAACAUAAACCUCUACAAUAUGGGAGUUGGCAUACAUGUAAAAACAAACAUUGGGAGAGGAGGAUUCAUAAGAAAUAUCACAUUUUAUGAUGUGUAUAUGGAAAACGUGCGGAAGGGGAUAAAGAUUGCAGGUGAUGUUGGAGAUCAUCCGGAUGAAAAUUUCAAUCCAAAUGCUCUCCCUGUUGUUAAGGGCAUCACGCUUAAAAGCGUUUGGGGGGAGAAGGUGCAGCAGCCUGGUUCCAUACAAGGCCUGAAGAACUCUCCUUUCACUGGUAUUUGUCUGUCCAACAUCAACCUUCAUGGCGUACCGGGACCAAGAUCUACACCAUGGAAGUGCUCUGCUGUACGUGGGGCUGCUCAUGAGGUAAGCCCAUGGCCAUGUUCUGAGCUUACUGCCACACAUCAGACUGCUUCGUGUUCUGAUCACAUUUGAUAUUGUGUAAUUCUCUUUUUUUUUUUUUUUUUUUCCGAUGAUAAAAAUAUUGAAUUCAGUAUUCAAUUGGCGCAUAAGCAACUAUAAUUGCAAAAUCCUUAUAUGUUAUUUCAACUUUUAAACUAAUAAACCUCUAGGAAGUCCAUCAUGAGGUUCUUGACGGGACCCGAGAGCUGAAGCUCAUCUGAAAAUCAAUACUUCCUGAUCACUUUCUGUUUGGAAUUGUUGUUUCAAUGGGCAACGAUCCUUUCGAACUGUUUUGUCCUGUGAAGACCCUUUUGCAGAACCACCGAGAUUGUCUAUACGAGAAAGUAUGAAUGCUAGAUCUGUAACACUGAUAUCAAUUUCUGAAUUAAUCACUUUGCAGUUUAAA